CUAAACAAGGCCUAAGGAAAAAGAGAAAAAAUCAACCCAACCCAAGUCGAACUCCAUUAGGUAAGCGAGGGCGGCUCGGUUCCGUUUCAAUCAGGUCUCCCUCCGAUCCCCUGCUACUGCUAGCCAAUAAAUACAAGGGGAGUUGGAUUAUUCGUGUUGGUGGUGGUACACGGUCAUACAUGGCAGCACGGACAGCAGUUCUUGGAUCUCUGGCGGGGAAGAUGGCACGCGCACCCCUGACGCUUGCGCAUCGUCCUCUUGUCGCGGCGCGUCGAUUCCAGUCGGGGAACCCAAGCGGCGGCGGCGGCGGCAGUGGCUCCUCGCCGCCAACUAGCGGAGAGGCUCUACGUCGGUCUCCGUGGGAACGCGUAAAAGCUAAUUUCAUGGGAGACGCAAAGACUGAAUUCAUAAAAGCUACAAAAGAUUGUAUUACCAUUUUUUUGUUUGGGAUCGGUUUUUCUUAUUCUUAUAUCGAUCCCACAUUGAAUAAACUGUGGGGCAGCAUACAUGCUCUUUCUAUAGAAAACACAAUCAUAAAACAAGAUCUUCAGAGGAUAAAAGCUCAACUUGCUGAAGCUAAAAGCAUUCAAACCUCAGGACAAGGUAAGGAGCAUCUGUGAUGCCAAACUUAGGUGGCGUAAGAUGAUCACUGGAGACAAGAGUUGAUCUACCCUUGGAAAGAAAGGAUAAGGAAGACAAGGUUAUGAAACCGACAAUGGAUGACAAACAUGAGCAACAUAUGUGUGAUUUUGUGUUUUUGUUUGUGAUAAUAAUUUGUUAUCAAAGACAAAUGUAUCUACCCCUUUGAUGGGUGGUAAUGAAAAUGGUUUGUGACAAGGGUAUCUGCCCCAUC